AUGGCGACGCCCGAGCUCACACCUCCUCUCCUUCGUUUGCCUCGUGAGAUACGGGACAUCAUCUAUUCCUACACCCUUGUCUUCGGCACUAUCGCCAUCGAAGCUGCCAUCACCAGAGCUCCAAGAUCACGCAUCGCCGUGGGAGGGGAAGUUGGGUUUUGUGAAGCUUUGUAUCAGCAACACAAAUUAAGAUAUCCGCUUGUCUCUCGGAGCACCUGGACGAUUCCGAUUGAAGAUUUCGGUAUACCUGAAGAGGACUUUCAACUCGAUUCCUCCGCUGUUCAUAUUACGUACCAAAUCAAAUCUUUGGAGCAUGGGCGCCGCAAUGAGAGCUCUCGAACGUCUCUCCUGCAAGCGUGCAAGCAAAUCUAUAGUGAGGCUGUCGACAUCUUCUACAGCAAGAACAAGUUCUCCUUUACGGGUGAAUAUCGCAUCCCAACUGCAGUGAUCUUCUUGCACGAUCGACCUUCUGCGUCACUGCGUCUCAUCAGGUCUAUGGAACUUCAAAUAACUUACAUGGAACAACAUCCGGCAUUUCUAGGUGAGCCAGGGAGAUACUCAGGCCGCCACGAGCUGUAUCGCGACAAUGGAUUUUAUCCCGAACUAUGCGCUUUGCUUUCUUCCCCAAAGAUGCAUUUGAGGAAGUUGUCUCUAAUUGUGGACACGAACUGGAUCAAUCCACUACUGGAUGCGGACGGCCCAGCCCUCAGACAACGAGACAACCUUAAAUGGCACAAUUCGACCCAAAAUCGUACACCUGAUAUCGUAGGAUGGGUUCAUUCUCUACUAAAAGUUGAAACUUUGGAAAGGCUGUCAGUAUUCUGGAUCAACGGGGUACAAACUCGAAUCAUCGGGCAAACAGUAGCCUUGAUGGCCAACAAUAUGUUUCAGGGUCGCCGUUCCGGCCUCCAAAGCAAUCGCAUGCAUCCGGGACAGGAGAUAUUUGAAAUCUUGUAUCGAACAGUGCACAAGAAUCAUCCACCGUCUUGUGCUGUAGUAGUAUUUGAUCCAAUCGACCAGAGCGUCAGCGGCAGAUCGUGCGCUGUCUACGAUGACGGCGAGAGGCUGGUUGAGGGCCGUGAGAGAGACGAUCACGAGUUUGAUUUCACAUUGGAGCGACCGCUUGUACAGAGGUACUUGAACAUAAGUCCUGUCUGUUUGACUUGCUAUUGUGAGAUGGAAGCCGCGUGA